AUGACAAAGAAGAACGAAGGUAUACAAUGGGAACAACGUCACACGAUCGCUCUGAUGCAAGGAAUAACCUCUCUCAUCCUCACUCAUCGACCAGACUUAUAUCGACUCCCUGAACUCUUAGAAGUCAAUGAACAUGGAGGAAAUCGGAUAAGUCAGAAAGUAUUGCAAAUGCUCGAAAAGCUAGCCAAGCAAUAUGAUGUCGAUCCGAGUGUUAUCAAACAGAAUCAGGGGAGGAAGAAAGUUCUUUCAGAGUUGGCUGGCUCUUCUCAUGAGAGUGGAGAAAGUAAAUUUCCGAGAGGCAGGAAACGUAAGGUCGAAGUGGAAUUGAAGGGUUCGGUGCAGGAAAGUAAGAAACGUACUCGCGCUGCGAAACAAAUCGACGAUGGUAUUUCAACCGUAAUAAAGGUCAAAUCUGAAAGGGCACUUGUCAAGGGGGAGCGAGACUGA